AUGAGAAGUCUCCGGGCACGGUCUUUUUCUGGGCGGGGCGGGUUUGCCGGCGGAGAGCUCUUUGGCUGGCCAGGUUCCCAGCCUCCGAGGACUUCCCGGCUCUUAUUUCCCAUAAGUCUGUGGGUCCGUUUCCGGCGUCCUGAAGGUUCUUGCAUUCGGCGUGGUGAGUUGCUAGCGUCGGAGGAAGUAAUCAGCGCCGGCUCGGAACCCGCAGGGAGGGCAGGGGUUGACUCCGGGCGGCUCCCGAGGACCCUGAGGAGGAAGAAAGAAUUGUUGCGUAUAUUGAAAUCAAGGUUCAGCUCUGGCUUUUCUGGAUUCUGUGCUUCACCAAUAGAGGAACCCCAUGGAUUAUUAAUUAGUUCUUGCAGUUCUAGAACCAUGACUGAUGGCUUGGUGACUUUCAGGGAUGUGGCCAUCGACUUCUCUCAGGAGGAGUGGGAGUGCCUGGACCCUGCUCAGAGGGACUUGUACGUGGAUGUGAUGUUGGAGAACUAUAGUAACUUGGUGUCAUUGGAUUUGGAGUCAACAUAUGAGACCAAAAAUACAAUUUCAGAAAAAGACAUUUUUGAAAUAAAUUUUUUCCAAUGGGAGAUGAAGGAAAGAAGUAAAACUCUUGGCCUUGAGGCAUCCAUUUUACCACAGGGACAUCAAGAGGGAUACUUUAGUCAAAUGAUAAUUAGCUAUGGGAAAAUGCACACUAAUAGAAAAAGUAAAUCUUUUAGUGCACAUCAAAGAAUUCAUAAUAGAGAGAAACGCUAUGUUUGUAAAGAAUGUGGGAAGGCUUGUAGUCAUGGCUCAAAACUUGUUCAACAUGAGCGAACUCAUACAGCUGAAAAACACUUUGAAUGUAAAGAAUGUGGGAAGGACUUUUUUAGUGCGUAUCAACUCACUGUGCAUCAGAGAUUUCAUACUGGUGAGAAACCCUACAGAUGUAAGAAAUGUGGGAAGACUUUUAGUUGGGGAUCUAGUCUUGUUAAACAUGAAAGAAUCCAUACUGGUGAGAAACCCUAUGAAUGUAAAGAAUGUGGGAAGGCCUUCAGUCGUGGCUAUCACCUCACUCAACAUCAGAAAAUCCAUAUUGGUGUUAAAUCUUAUGAAUGUAAGGAAUGUGGGAAGGCCUUUUUUUGGGGCUCAAGCCUUGCUAAACAUGAGAUAAUUCAUACAGGUGAGAAACCUUAUAAAUGUAAAGAAUGUGGGAAGGCCUUCAGUCGUGGCUAUCAACUUACUCAACAUCAAAAAAUCCAUACUGGAAAGAAGCCUUAUGAAUGUAAAGUAUGUGGAAAGGCUUUUUGUUGGGGCUAUCAGCUUACUCGACAUCAGAUAUUUCAUACUGGCAAGAAACCCUAUGAAUGUAAAGAAUGUGGGAAGACCUUUAAUUGUGGCUCAAGUCUUGUUCAGCAUGAGAGAAUCCAUACUGGUGAGAAACCCUAUGAAUGUAAAGAAUGUGGGAAGGCCUUCAGUCGUGGCUAUCACCUCACUCAGCAUCAGAAAAUCCAUACCGGUGAGAAACCUUUUGAAUGUAAGGAAUGUGGGAAGGCCUUUAGUUGGGGUUCAAGCCUUGUUAAACAUGAGCGAAUCCAUACUGGUGAGAAAUCCUAUGAAUGUAAAGAAUGUGGGAAGGCCUUUGGUAGUGGCUAUCAACUUACUCGACAUCAGGUAUUUCAUACUGGCGAGAAGCCCUAUGAAUGUAAAGAAUGUGGGAAGACCUUUAAUUGUGGCUCAAGUCUUGUUCAACAUGAGAGAAUCCAUACUGGUGAGAAACCCUAUGAAUGUAAAGAAUGUGGGAAGGCCUUCAGUCGUGGCUAUCACCUCACUCAGCAUCAGAAAAUCCAUACCGGUGAGAAACCUUUUGAAUGUAAGGAGUGUGGGAAGGCCUUUAGUUGGGGUUCAAGCCUUGUUAAACAUGAGCGAAUCCAUACUGGUGAGAAAUCCUAUGAAUGUAAAGAAUGUGGGAAGGCCUUUGGUAGUGGCUAUCAACUUAGUGUUCAUCAGAGUUUUCAUACUGGGGAGAACCCUUAUCAGUGUAUGGAAUUUGGGAAGAACUUUAUUCAUGGCUCAAACCUUGUUCAACAUGAGAGAACUCCUAGUAAUGAUAAGCCUUAUGAAUAUAAAGGAUGUGGGGAAGCCUUUAUAUGGACAGCUUAUUCAAAUGAGACCAUAAAUACUGGUGAAAUUUUAUGAUUGAAGAGGUGAAAGAAAAAAUUUUAUGUGUAUAAACAACAUGAGGAAUCUUAAUCUUGAGAACACUUAUGAAUGUAUGGAAUGUGCAAAAAGCCUUACAUCUGUGUGGACAACUUGAUAUCAAAAAUUCAUACUAGUGAGAAAUACUUUGAAUAUAAGGAAUAUGAAAAGGUCUUAGAAUUUUAUACAGUCUUACUGAAUGUCAGUUUGUACUAAUGUGAAAUCAUUUAAAUGUAAGGAAUGUGUGAAGAUCUUUAUUCAUGGCACAAAAGUCUGGUAAACAUUGGGGAGUUUGUACUCAUUAGAAACACUUCAAGGAAUGUAGGAAGAACCAAAACCUAGUUCAGUUUUUGCUGUUCACAUUAGAGAACUCAUACUGCUGUGAAAUUUUAUGAAUGUAAGGAAUUUGGGAAGGCUUACAGAUACGAUAAAUAUCUUACAGUACAUCAUCGAAUCCAUCCAAAUGAGUCUACAGCCAUACCACCGUGAAUGCGCCCGAUCUCGUCUGAUCUCGGAAGCUAAGCAGGGUCGGGCCUGGUUAGUACUUGGAUGGGAGAAUCCAUCUAAAUGAGAAACCCUUUAAAUUGAGAUGUAGGAAGGCCUCUAGACAAGUACUAUUAAAACUGUUUAGAGACUAGUGCCAGCUCAUGAAAUUGUUACCUGUCCCAUCAUGAAAUGAAUGUGGAAAAUAAGAGUGUUUGGAAACUUAGAGCAAUUUCAUAUUGCCUUAACAUUAUCAUUGUAUUUUAUAAAAGUAUCAAUCAGCUCAUGAAUGAUUACAAGUUAGAAAGUUUGCCCUUUCCAGAAAGAAUUUGAGACAACAUUC